AUGGCCCUGGUAUCGGUGCUGCUAUCCACGUAUCUGGCGGACCUCGUAACAGCUGGAUUCUCUGGUGCAGAUGAGCUACUCGAUCCCCCAAAGCUGCUGGCAGACGGCGUCGAACGGGUUCAGAAAAGGCUAACGGAUCAGGAGACGAGUAUUGAGGAUAUACAGAGGGAGCUAGAGGCUCUAUAG